UACCCACAAACUACACUGAAAACGUCACGUGCUCUCUUUCUUCUCUUCUCCCAUCUUACAUCCCCCAACUACUAUUUUGCUCUGCUUUUGUUCUGUUGUCUGCAAUUAAGUGGUCUCUCUGCAAAAAACAUUAAAGCCCUUAUCUGUUUCUGUUUUCUGGGAAACUGUGUAGUCGGUUAGGCCAUUAUAUCGCUACCUCGACGUUAUAUUUAUAACUUACUUUUCCAAGGUAGUUUGUUAGUUAGUUAUUUAAUAGACAGAGAAAACAGAAAGCAGAAUUAAAGAGUUUUAGUAACUUUACUUUUAAUUUGCAAAAUUAUGGAGAAGGGAAAGCAAGUGCUCGGUUCAUCUUCAUCGUCCUUUACAAACGAUCUGUUUGGUCCAAAAGAGCCCUCCAAAACGUCGCUUUUUGGUUCCGUUUUUGGUCCACAGUCCACGGGACUUGGAAGGGAUUCUACUCACUCUGCAGCUAGAGGUUCACCAAGAAUCCAAGAUCCAGGAAACCAUGCAAAAUAUGGAACUUCAGAAAACGGGUCUCAAAGAAGCAAGGGAGACAUCAGCAAUAAGGACAAGAAUUCCACAUUCUAUCAGAAUGAAACAACAGAACCAUGCCAUUUGAGCUCAUCUAUAUACUAUGGUGGCCAAGAUGUUUAUUAUCCACCUACUGCCUCCCCCAACACUUUCAAGAAAGAUGGAGAAGAUGAUGACCAAAAUGGGAAUAAUUCAAACUGUGCUUCAAGAGGAAAUUGGUGGCAGGGAUCACUGUACUAUUAAGCACCUGCAAGGAGUGGUAGAUCUUACAGCAGUUCAGCCCCCUUUGUUUCUUUUUUUUUGUUUUCUUGCUUUGUUUUUAUGGUAAUUGGCAAUACCUUAAGCCAAUUGUGUACAUGGGCUUGUCCACUAAUUUUAACACGUAUCAGUAGCCACCUUGUUUUAAUCU